CACAAGGAACCAGGACUGAAGCAGAGGAUCUCACUCUCUCUCAGACACACAUUUCAUCUCAUCUACCCGCACGUUAACAGGAACAGGUCGCAAUGUUUGGCAUCCACUCCCUGGCUGGUAUUCUCCUCCUGGUCAUCGUACAGCAGUUGGCAAGUCCUCUACAAGAGGCUGAGGACAACUCAAGUUUAGAGACAACAGACCCACUAUUGGAGGAUUUGAUGGGCGUAUCUAACGUGAAGAGACAUUCCGAGGGAACCUUCUCUAACGACUACAGUAAAUACCAGGAAGAAAGAAUGGCUCAGGACUUUGUUCAAUGGCUUAUGAACUCCAAGAGGAGUGGUGCUCCAUCCAAACGCCAUGCCGAUGGGACCUACACCAGUGACGUGAGCACCUACCUACAGGACCAGGCGGCCAAAGACUUUGUUUCCUGGCUCAAAUCAGGACGGGCCAGACGAGAAUCUGCAGAGGAGAGUAGGAAUGGUCCAAUGAGCAGAAGACAUGUAGACGGGAGCUUCACCAGCGAUGUGAACAAGGUCCUAGACAGCUUGGCUGCCAAAGAGUAUUUACUCUGGGUCAUGACCUCCAAAACCUCAGGGAAAAGUAACAAACGUCAAGAAGAUCAUUGAAAGAAGACAAACACUUCCUUGUUCAAGAGGAACUUGGAUACUGUGCUACAAAUGAUACGCCUUGACAAAAACGAAAAGCCAUACUAAAAAGCCAUACUGCUUAGCAUUGUUGUAAUGUUGAUACAAUGUUGGAAGUACUUAGAUUGUUUACUCUACAUUAUGUGAUAAAAAAAAAAUCAGAUAAUGUAUUCUUCCUUAACUUUGUGGUGCACAAUGCAUCAGGUCAGUUGUCAAAUUAUACAAAUAUUUUUCUAUAAAUUAACAUUAUUUUCUAUAUUUGUAAUGUUGAAAGAAAGGGAACAUGGUAAAAACUCAGAUAUAAUGUGCAAAACUAUCUGGUAACAUUUGUGUGAAUUUGUUUUUUUAUCCCAUAUGCUCUGCUCUGCAAAAUUAAACUCUUUCAUUGUG